CCCCCAGCCGGUCCACAACCCACAACCCAUAUUCGAAUGUGACCCAUAUUCCAAUCAGAAAAUCCCUAACUCCCAUCUCUCAACUCGUCUUACGUUAAGCCGCAGCUCGUCCCUCAACUCUCAUCUCUCAGCUAUUCGACUCUUAAGUUCAGGCAAGCCGCUUCUCACUGGCCACUGCUCAGUUCUCGUUCGCGAGUCGCGCCUCGAAGCAACACAUCCACAGGCCACAGGUGAUGAGGUUUUGAGGUGAAAACUUUCCUUUUGCACAAACUUGAUAUUUGAACAGGUAAUUAACAAUCAUGUCGUGGUGCACUAUCGAGUCUGAUCCUGGGGUUUUUACCGAACUUAUGCAGCAGAUGCAAGUAAAAGGUGUGCAGGUUGAGGAGUUGUAUUCUUUGGAUCUUGAUGAGCUCAACAGUCUUAGGCCUGUGUUCGGUUUGAUAUUCCUUUUCAAAUGGCGUCCUGGUGAAAAAGAUGAUCGCCUUGUGAUCAAGGACCCAAACCCAAACCUAUUCUUUGCUAGUCAGGUGAUAAACAAUGCUUGUGCUACCCAAGCAAUCCUUUCAAUCCUCCUGAACAGUCCAGAUGUUGAUAUUGGCCCAGAAUUAUCUGCACUAAAAGAAUUCACAAAGAAUUUCCCACCGGAGCUUAAAGGUUUAGCUAUCAAUAACAGUGAAGCAAUUCGCACAGCACAUAAUAGUUUUGCAAGACCUGAGCCAUUUGUGCCUGAGGAGCAGAAAGCUGCUGGCAAAGAUGAUGAUGUAUAUCAUUUUAUCAGCUAUAUACCUGUGGACGGUGUGUUGUAUGAGCUUGAUGGAUUGAAGGAGGGACCAAUCAGUCUUGGACCAUGCCCUGGUGGACAAGGUGAUAUUGAGUGGUUGCGCAUGGUGCAACCAGUUAUUCAGGAACGUAUUGAGAGGUAUUCCCAAAGUGAAAUAAGAUUCAAUCUGAUGGCUGUAGUAAAGAACAGGAAAGAGGUGUAUACUGCAGAGCUGAAGGAGCUUCAAAAGAGGAGGGAGCGUAUUCUGCAACAGCUGGCUGCAUCCCAGUCGGAGAGAAUGGUGGAUAGCAGCCAAGUGGAAUCACUAAAUAAAUCCUUAGCAGAGGUAAAUUCUGGUAUUGAAGCUGUUAGUGAUAAGAUAUUGAGGGAGGAGGAGAAGUUCAAGAAAUGGAAAACUGAAAAUAUCCGUCGGAAGCACAACUAUAUACCAUUUCUGUUCAACUUUUUGAAAAUUCUAGCUGAAAAGAAGCAGCUGAGACCUCUUAUAGAGAAGGCCAAACAGAAAACCACCAAUCCUAGAUGAAAUUGUCGUAUUUGAUCAAGUGUUGUUAUGACUGGUUUUGAGUUGACCUCUGGAUUAACACCUCAUACAAUUCUUCUCAAUUUACUGUUUCAUUUGUGGUUUUAUGUGCCUGUUUGAGAGCUGCAUGCUCCCCAGGCCAAGUUUGAGCACUAAUUUGAACUUUUAGUUCUUGUUGAAGGCAAUACUAAUUUGGUGUUAGAUGCUUUCUCUUAA